UAAGGAAAAGUAUAAUUUACAACGUUUAUGUCGUUGGAGAUUAGAUGACAAUUACACUAUGUAAAGUGUUUCCAAUUAGUGAUGAGUGGUACAGGAUAUUUACCUUUACACCCCCCAAAAAAGGGUUUUAUUCUUCGUCUGCCAGUCAGUAAAGCUGCAUGGAUUACUUGUCUACUUCCAUUUACAAGUUUUGUAUUUUGUAUUAUUUGGUCAUUGAUGUAUAAUUUUGAGGAUUCAACAUUUACACAUUGCAAGGUACAAAACUUCCUUCCAUCAAUUUCUGCCGCUAUCGGUAAUUACAAAACCCAAAGAUUCGUUUGGGGAACAGCGAUAGCGAUUCACGCUCUGCCUCGCUUCAUGUUUGCUGCGAUUUACAGGCAGUACUACAGAGAUGUACUUACUGAAAAAGCCCAGAAGUUGGCGACGACCGCGUGCAUACUAAAUGUCAUUGAGAAUCUAGCUCUCAUCGGGCUGACAUUCAUAACUUCUGCCUAUAAUUAUGCUAUUCAUGAAAAAUGUUUCAUGGCAUUCAUGGUUACUUCAGAGCUCUAUAUGGCUCUUACUUGUUUCCUCCUUACAAAGUCGAGGAAAUUACCGGCCGAUAACGUCGAAAGUCGUUCGCUUCGUUACAAAUACCAGCUGAUAGCCAUCAAUAUGACAUCCUUUGCCGCAGCUGGUUAUUUCUUCAUCAGGCACAAUCGACAUUGUGAACCUUAUGUGUACUCAGCAUUUGCAUUUUUUGAAUACAUAGUCGUUCUGACUAAUAUGGCUUUUCAUAUCACCGCUUCGUUAGACUUCCAUUCGAGGCAACUUGUCAUCGACGAGAACGGAUUGGACAUCAGCUGACCCCCGGUAGUAUCUCGGGAUCCCGGUGGAUAACAUGA